UACAAGAUCUCUUUGUUCUAUACUCUAGUACAUUGAUGAGCCAUGGAAAUUUGGCCUGUCUGUAUUGACUAGAGAUACUCAUGGCAAGCCAGGGCUUGUUAUUGGGCAGACAUUGAUAAUGUAGCAUGAGAUGCGUGUUCUUUAAGAACGUCACCUUCAUCCCUUGCGGCUUUACAACGAAACAUAAAUGAAAGCUUACAAACUGAACUAUAAUGGUGUGUUGUCAAGGACAACAGCACAGGUUCAGUGAGGUCACCCCUUAGGUCAUUUGAUGUAGUUUUAUAUCUGUGAAUAAGAUAGAUAUUAGUUGAAUAAUUGAGAACCUGGGUCCUUGUCCUUAUCCUCUAUGUGAUAGAAGCAUAUAGAUUUGUUUAUUAUGUGUAGUUGAAUCUGAUCUUGAUAUUUGGCAACUUCUGGCAAGCAUAUAAGGAGCAUCAAUAUCAGGGAACUCCAGGCAAAACAGGGUUUUCAGUUUUCCUUGGUUUAAGAUUCAAUCUAUGUAAUGGAUGAUCAAGAAGUGAAGUUGCUAGGUGUGUGGGGAAGCUGUCCUAGCAAAAGAGUGGAAAUUGCACUGAAACUGAAGGGCAUCAGUUACGAAUUUGUUGCCCAAGAUCUGUCCAACAAGAGUCCUGAGCUUCUUGAGUACAACCCUGUCCAUAAACAAGUCCCUGUGCUAUUACACAACGGGAAGCCAAUCUGUGAGUCUCUGGUUAUUCUCGAGUACAUUGAUGAGACCUGGAAGUCUGGACCUUCUAUAUUGCCUGAAGAUCCUCAUGCCAGAGCUGUGGCUCGUUUCUGGGCAAGAUUCAUCGACGAAAAGUGCUUCCCUGCUAUAUUGAGGAUCAAAAGGAGCCAAGGGGAGGAGGAAAUGGAGAAAGCUAUUGAAGAAGCCACGGAGUUAUUGAAAACACUUGAAAGUGAGCUCGAAGGCAAAAAGUUCUUUGGCGGAGAUGAGAUUGGACUAGUUGACAUUGCUGGUAACUUCGUAGCUCUCUGGCUCGGUGUCAUGCUGGAGUUGGUGGGAAUAACAUUGCUUACAGAAGAGAAGUUCCCGAGAUUAUGUCAAUGGGUUGAUGAUUACCUUAAUUGCAGCAUUAUUAAGGAAACUCUGCCUGCCAGAGAAGACCUAUUAGACCGCUUUCGUGCUAUCUCUCGAUGGCUGGCUAAGAACAACAGGUGAAUAGGUGAUUAGAGAUGCUUUUGCCAGACGAUGGCUUAUUUCCGGGGCAGAGAUUGAUGUUGUAGUACGCGAUUCAUUUCCAUUGCUCAUUGAUGCAAAUGUUGAAUCUUCUAGGACUUCUGUAUCAAGAUCUUUAUAUUACUGGAACAAUCUGAUGCUCACAUUUCA